CAAGUGUAACAUCUCUUGGAAAUAAAUCACUUGACGUGUCAUAUGACGCGUAGUGACAAUCAAAAAUGGUCCCCGGCCCGGCAUAGCAGAACUAUAGCAGAAGUCUGGGUAGCACACGUGGAUCUAACAUUUUUACAUCUGCAGUUUGCACCUGAUGCACGUCGAAAUCUUACUUACAACUAUUUGAGAGCAUAUAGAGUUUUUGUUACAUCCACUGUUUGUUGCAUCAGAUUUGGCCGAACGAGACCUCUCCCACGAUACACUUGUGUGGAUACAUUAUACUUGCCCCUCUGGAUAUAGUUGCAAACUAGCAAAAAUGGAGUCUAUAAACUUCCCGGAAGAGGAGCAGGUGAUUUUGGAGCUCUGGAAGAAGCUCGAUGUGUUCAAUAAUUGCUUGAAGCAGUCCAAGGGCAAGCCCCGAUAUUCCUUCUACGAUGGGCCACCCUUUGCCACCGGCUUGCCCCAUUAUGGUCACAUUUUGGCUGGUACCAUCAAAGAUGUGGUCACCAGGUACGCGCACCAGAGAGGUUAUCACGUGGAGCGACGGUUUGGCUGGGACACGCACGGCCUGCCCGUUGAAUUCGAGAUCGACAAAGCUCUGAACAUCAAGGGCCCCGAUGAUGUUAUGAAAAUGGGCAUUGCCAAUUACAAUAAGGAGUGCAGGAGCAUAGUCAUGAGGUAUGCCUCAGAAUGGGAAAAGAUUGUUGGCAGACUGGGAAGGUGGAUAGAUUUUAAAAACGACUACAAAACAUUGUACCCCUGGUACAUGGAAUCCAUAUGGUGGGUCUUUAAACAGCUGUACGACAAGGGCUUGGUUUACCAAGGUGUCAAGGUAAUGCCCUAUUCAACUGUCUGUAACACGCCACUAUCGAAUUUCGAGUCUGGCCAGAAUUAUAAAGACGUCGUCGAUCCAGCUGUUGUGAUUUCAUUUCCUCUUCUGGACGAGCCUAAUGUCAGUAUGCUGGCGUGGACGACGACGCCGUGGACUUUGCCGAGUAAUUUGGCCCUGUGCUGCAAUCCAGACUUUGAAUAUGUUGACGUUCUGGAUCAUGAAACAGGAAAGAUUUUUGUUUUAUUGGAAUCAAGGCUCGAGGAAGUUUACAAAUCAAAUGAUCUGUACACUAUAAAAAGAAAAAGAAAAGGUUCCGAUUUACUUGGCAAAUCUUAUGAACCGUUGUUCCCGUACUUUUCACAUUUAAGAGAAAAAGGAGCAUUCAGAGUUUUGAAUGAUAAGUAUGUGGGAGCCGACUCUGGUACCGGUGUAGUUCAUCAGGCACCAUACUUUGGAGAAGAUGAUUAUCGCUGUUGUUUACAGGCAGGAGUAAUUACCAAAGACCAAGAAAUCGUGUGUCCUGUAGACAAUCGUGGGUGUUUCACGGAACCUGUUAAAGAUUUUCUUGGAAAACAUGUUAAGGAUGCAGACAAAGAGAUCAUCAAGUACCUUCGAUUAAAGGGAAGAUUGAUUAAAAAUGACACGAAAAAACAUUCUUAUCCUUUCUGCUGGCGCUCGGAUACACCUCUUAUUUAUAAAGCUGUGCCUUCUUGGUUCAUCAGAGUAGAAUCAUUCAAGGACAAGCUACUAGAAACUAACGCUCAAACACACUGGGUUCCGGAUUACGUGAAAGAAAAGCGCUUUGGCAAUUGGUUGAAGGAAGCUCGAGAUUGGGCAAUCAGCAGAAAUCGUUACUGGGGCAAUCCUAUUCCAAUUUGGAUCUCCGAAGAUAGAAAAGAAGUCGUUUGUGUUGGAAGCAUUGCUGAGCUCGAAAAGUUGACAGGAAAAAAGAUAACGGACAUACAUAGAGAAAACAUCGACGACUUGAAAAUCCCGUCGAAGCGUCCUGGCUGCCCUCCUCUCAGUCGCGUACCAGAGGUCUUUGACUGCUGGUUUGAGUCUGGUUCGAUGCCGUACGCGCAGGUGCACUAUCCCUUCGAGCGAACCAAAGAGUUUGAAGAAAGCUUCCCAGCGGACUUUGUAGCUGAGGGAAUCGACCAAACCCGUGGCUGGUUCUACACACUAUUGGUCAUAUCGACGGCCCUGUUCGGUAAGCCUCCUUUCAAAAACCUCAUAGCCAAUGGACUGAUCUUGGCUUCGGAUGGACAAAAGAUGUCGAAGCGUAAAAAAAACUACCCCGAUCCGAUGGAGGUAGUCAACAAGUAUGGCGCGGACGCGCUCAGGCUUUACCUCAUAAACUCGCCAGUCGUCCGAGCGGAAAAUCUUCGCUUCAAGGAGGAGGGCGUGCGCGACGUGAUCAAGGACGUAUUCCUACCGUGGUACAACGCGUUCCGCUUUCUCAUCCAGAACAUCGAGCGCUUCGAGCACGAGGAACGCUGCAACUUUGUGUACAAGGGGGUUCAAGGCAAUGAAUCCAGUAACGUUAUGGAUCGCUGGAUAAUCUCCUUCACCGAGACGCUGUUGCAGUUCCUCAAGAACGAGAUGCAAGCUUAUCGUCUCUACACCGUCGUGCCAAAGCUCGUCAAGUACAUUGACAAUCUGACCAAUUGGUACGUGCGCAUGAACCGUAGGCGUAUCAAGGGCGACACUGGAUCGAAGGAGGACUGUCAGCUGGCCCUCAACACUCUAUUCCGCGUGGUCUACAUGAUGGUACGCAUCAACGCGCCCUUUACCCCCUUCCUCGCCGAAUUCAUGUACCAGAAGCUGCGCCGAUACCUUAGUUCCGACUCACCAGCGGCCGAGCUAGCGAGCGUCCACUACCACAUGAUACCGGAGGCGUGCGCCAGCUUAGUCGACGAGCCCACCGAGCGAGCCGUCGCCUGUAUGCAGACUGUCAUCGAGCUGGGCCGUAUCGUGCGCGACCGGAAAACCCUGCCGGUCAAGUACCCUCUACCCGAAAUCGUGGUCAUCCACCAGGACGCCGAAGUACUCACGGAACUUCUCACCCUCAAGUCCUACAUUCUCGAGGAACUGAACGUUAAGGAGCUCACGGUGACCACCGACAAGAGCAAAUACGGAGUACAGCUGCGCGCUGAGCCCGACCAUAAGAGCCUCGGAGCGCGACUCAAGUCGGAUUUCAAAUCCGUCGGGGUGGCCAUCCGAGAGCUCAGCGACGAGCAGCUCCAAGCCUUCGUAGCCACACAGCGUAUCGAGGUCAAUGGGCACGAGCUCACGGAGCAAGACCUCCGGCUGAUGUUCAAAUUCGAGGGCCCAGCUGCCGAGCAGCUUGCCAAGCGCUACGAGGCUCACAGCGAGGCCAACGUCCUUGUACUGCUCGACAUCACGCCCGACGAGAGCAUGAAAGACGAGGGUCUUGCACGCGAAGUUAUCAACCGGGUGCAGAAGCUCCGCAAGAAGGCCAAACUCGUGCCGCUCGACGAGGCUAUCGUCUACUACGAGAUCACAGCUACGGCUGCUGACGCUCCCGAUAUCGCUCGAAUAAUCGUCAGCCAUCAGGAAUUCAUCGAGACGACGACCAAGACGCCCCAGAAGCACGUCCGCGAUAUGCCUGCUAAUACCAAACCGGUUCUCGAGGAGACCAGCAAUAUUAAAGGCGCUGAGCUACACCUGUUGCUAGUCCGCGUUUCGACUGGCAAUCAGACGCCUGAUGCUCCUUCAGCUACAGGAGACGCAAGCCAGCCUUUUAGCACUUACGUCAAUGUACAGUUGCAUGGCUCAAUUCAGCCGAGGUAUGGGGCCACUAGCCGAAUUGGGACCAUCCUACUGGAGAGCGCUGGCGCGCGAAUCACUGACUGUGCCCAAUUGAAGGCCGAAAUCAACAAGAUAUUCGGUAUUUACGGUUGCCACUACGGAUUAUUUAUUGAAGGCAAACAAGUCGACAAGAGCACGAAAAUUUCGUCCUUAAAUGGAGCUCUUGUAAGUGUCGUCAAGAUUGGCGAUGAGCCACCGAGCACAGAACCAGUUCUCAAGCAGCCAGCCUGUCGGUUCAUAAAUGUGCAAGGUAAAGAGAGUAAGGGCACGGUGCUGCUAGAAAAUCCUCAAGGAAAUUUCAUCCUCAGUCAGGAAAGCCUCAAAAAGAGACUUGGGCUAUUUUACAAAAAUUCAAAUUUGUUACUUCCUCCAGUUGAUACACUUAAGCUACAUGGAUUCAUUAUACAAACGACCCCGUGAGCAUACACUUUUUUGUUAAUUUUUAUACUAUUCUUACAAUUUUUAAAACGGUCGAGACGACUUUAUCACAACUCAUCCAAUCAAUUUAUAAAUAACAUCUCACUGAAUCACGAUUACGUUUACAACAGUGUGAUUGUAAAUACGAUUAGAUUACAGUAUUUAAUAAA